UUACACAACUAAAAGUUACACUGGGAACGGUUUGCAGGAAGCGGAAGUGGUACUACCCAGAACAACCGAAGAGCGAGGCAGAGGACGAGGAUCCAAAUUGUGACUUUUUAAACGAUUAAAGCAAGUGUAAACGCCAUUCAAAACUCUGAAAAUGGACAAGACUGACCUGGUGCAGAAAGCCAAGCUCGCUGAGCAAGCAGAGCGCUAUGAUGACAUGGCAGCAGCAAUGAAGGCUGUUACUGAGGGAGGUGAGGAGCUUUCCAAUGAAGAACGCAACCUGCUCUCUGUGGCAUACAAGAACGUAGUGGGUGCCCGGCGCUCCUCCUGGCGUGUUAUUUCUAGCAUCGAACAGAAAACCGAGGGAAACGAGAAGAAACAGCAGAUGGCACGCGAGUACCGUGAAAAGAUUGAGACUGAACUGCAGGACAUCUGCAAUGAUGUGCUGGAUCUUCUGGAGAAGUAUCUCAUUGCACACUCUACUCUGGCAGAGAGCAAGGUGUUUUACCUGAAAAUGAAAGGCGAUUAUUAUAGAUACUUAUCUGAGGUUGCAUCUGAAUCAAACAAGAGCACCACAGUUGAGAACUCUCAGAAAUCUUACCAGGAUGCCUUUGAGAUAAGUAAGAAUGAAAUGCAGCCCACACACCCCAUACGGUUGGGUCUUGCCCUCAACUUCUCCGUUUUCUACUAUGAGAUCCUCAACUCUCCUGAUAAGGCCUGCCAACUCGCCAAGACGGCUUUUGAUGAAGCCAUUGCUGAGCUUGACACUUUAAAUGAGGACUCCUACAAAGACAGCACCUUGAUCAUGCAGCUUCUAAGGGACAACCUCACUCUUUGGACAUCAGAAAAUCAGGCCGACGAAGCAGACGCAGGCGAGGGCGAGAACUAGGGAAGCCGCACUGAUCUCCAAGCACUCACACACAUCCAUCUUAAAUACACAAAAGGCUUCCAACCUUCCCACCUCAUUUCACCCUACAUCAUCCACCCCUCUCCAUUCAGUUCCCAGCCCCAUUCUCGUAUACAUCUGUAUGAUGAUCAGCAUUAGCUGUACUCACAGGAAGACACUCAGUGAUGCCCCUUAUGCAGUCACCAGUGGCUGGGAGAGGGAUGGGGGAUGCUCACAGGGUGGCAUGCUGACGUUAUAGCAGGUCCAGUAAUUUUGUUUGUGAGUUUAACAUGUACUGAUUAUCUAAACCCUAUCCUUGUGUGUGUUCGUGUGAAUGUACGAGUGAGUGUGCUGCUAAUGGAGAGAAACUGAGUUGGAAUAAUGACUGUGUGAAUGCGAGAGAAUGAGUGUAUUAAGGAUCGGGGGUUUGUGAACUCUAAUUGUCCUUGCUGAUUAUUCCCUUUUUUCCACUUUAGCUGGUUGUGCAUUUUUUUUUAUUUUAUUUUUUACUAUCAUUUUUUUUUUUAUUAUUAUUUUUUUUAGUAUAAUUCAUCAAUAUUUACAGGUUUUAUUGUAUGGUUAUUAAACUGGCAGUUUAUUUUCACCAAACACUGAGUGAGUGUGAGUUCUCUGCUUAUUUGGUUUAUUUGUUUGGUGUUUUAUACUUUAGUAUUUUUUUUUUUUUUUUUUUUUUUGAUGAAUGUCAUGUUCUUACUCAUGAGCAGUAAUCAUUUUAAACUGAAAUUGGGGUAAAUUAGGGAAUUUUAAAUUUUUUAUUUCAAUGUUAGUCUCAUCAUGAAUGAGAAAAUCUAGCUUUUUAAGUUCUCUCUAGCAAACAAAGCCCUGAAUUAUAUAAAGUGUACUUGUUUUAACAUGUUCAAAAACCAAUGGCUGUUUUACAUAUUGAACAUAAAAUACCAUAAAUAAAACCACCAAAAAUAUUUUCAAAGAAUUUAUUGCAGUGGACAAAAUGGGGGGAAAUCCCAAUUAAAUGUAUAAACCAAGCCAUUAUUAAAUGCUUUAAUGCUGCUUCUGUGGCUUUUUAGAUAUAUUUACAUUUAAGCAAAAUAUUGAGAUUCAUCUUAUAAUUCCAUGUGACCAGUCACUGAGCACAGAAGUGAAGAGGCUGAUACAGAAUUGAAGAGGCCGAAAUCCAGAUGAUCAGCUGCUGUAUUCUGCAAGAUAAUGAAAGCCAUCAUCAGCACUUCUAAUGAGUAUAAAUAAAUGAAAACAAAUGUGAUGAA